CCAACAACAUGAACCUGAAUCAUCCUUCAAUGACCUCCCACUCUCCAACUUUUCUCUUAUACUGCGGCUUCCCUUCAUCCCAUCAUGUUUCGGACAUAGAGAUGAUAAAGAUACAGUCGGUUUCUUACACGAGUUUGAAGGACUUGUUGUCUUCUCCGGCUGCACUGCAAACCGGCUUCAGUUCGCCGACGACACGUGGUAAUAAUAGUAAUAAUAAUUGGAGAUGUUGGAACGAAGAGAUUCCCAUAAAGAAUCCGCUGGUCAAGCAUGCGGCGUUGGCUUAUUUGCAGCCCAUGUCGAGUCCCACGGCGACGGCGGAAAAGGGUUCGUUCGUGGGGCUUAAGGGAAUGUGCUGCCGUGAAAGUGGGUGCCUUCUCUGGUUGUACGAUGUCGUUUGGAGGAAUGUCAGGGAGGCGGUCUGGGAGAGCAGAGAAGAGGUUAAUGAUUCUUAUGAAGACGAUGAUGACAAAGUUGACUGAAACUCAAAUCGCUGC